AAUACAGAAGGCGCCCAACUGCUCAGUUGCCUUUUAUGGACAAUUUAGCAUCGCUGCUUUGUGUGUGUGUGUGUGUAUGUGUGUCUCUAUGCGUGUGCGUCUGUGUGUGUGUAUGUGUGUGUGUCUGCGUCUGUGUUUGUUCAAUUUCUCUUUUUCCUUUUUUAUUUCACUCACUCUAUUCACUAACAACAACAAAAAAAAGGCAUGGUUUCCAUCAAGACUGUUCUCUUUUCUUCAGCCGCUCUUUUGGCUGCUUACAUGAACGUGGAAGCUGCUGUUGCACCCACAUAUCCUUCUCCUGGUGCUGUUGAAAAAGCCGGUCAACCUAUGGAAAUCACCUGGACUUUUGAUGGAAAGGAUCCUGAUGCAACUUACAAGAUUGAUUUCAUGACUGGUUCUAAUACCCAACAAAAGAAAUUAGCCACUGUUGCCACUGCCGUGAAAGCGAACGCUUUAAAAUAUUCUUGGACUGCUCCUGAGGUCAAUCCUAACGCUGCUAUUUAUUUCUUUAUGUUUACAGGUUAGAAACGCAAUCACAUGAAAUCAUGGAGCACAAACUAAACAUCCCAUCCAUUCCACGAUAGGUUCCAAUGGUGAUACUCAAUGGACGACACGUUUUGGUAUCUCUGAUGCUGAUGGUAAAUUAACCGCUGAACCUGAAACAAAACAACCUGAUGGUGAAGCCAUUCCAUGGGGUAAUGGUGCUCUUGCCUCUGGUGCUGCUGCUGGUUCCAGCAGCGUCAGUGCUUCUAAUGUCCCUGCCACUACUCCCAUCCCUGAUGCUACUCAUGCUGCUACUCAUGCUGGUGCUGCUGCUGCUGCUGCUGCUACUACUACUACUACUACUACUGUUCCUGUCACUACUCCCUCUCCCGUGGCUUCUGAAGUAUCUUCUUCUCCCGU